AUGCCUGGGCCAGCUGCCCAGCCGGAAGGCAGGCCUUACUUGUCGUGGUUGCCCUGCAGCAGUCAGGAACGCCAGGCGGAAACCCUGCGCCUCGCCUGGUUCCUGGGUGUUGUUCAGGGUGGUAGCCAAUCCUCGAGCCAGAAAUUCUUGACAGCAAACGUGCGCCACUAUCAGUGCCAUCUGUGCAGCUAUUCGAGCAUUUACAAGCAAGCUCUGAACCGUCAUUACCGCAUUCACACCGGCGAGCGGCCCUACAAGUGCGAGCUGUGCCCCCAGACGUUUGCGCAGAAGUGUAACAUGAAGCUGCAUCUACAACGGCACGGUGCUUGUCCCUACAAGUGCCGCUUCUGCAACCGCAUCUUCAGGCACGGCGAGCUGCUGCACGAGCACGUGCGACAGGAACAUGCGGAGAGCGCUUAA